CACUCCAGCCUAGGUGACAGAACAAGACCCUGUCUCAAGAAAUAAAUUUUAAAAAUUAAUUUAUAAACAUUAAUUUGAGCAAUAUCUUUUUCAAAAAGGAAGUUCAUGGUGUAGUGAGAGUGUUUAGCAGUUGACAUGCCAGUCAUGCCACUUAGGUCAGUGUAGGUGCCUCCGGAGUAGGCACCGUCAGGAAACUGAGCGACUGGGUGGUAGAUGAGAAUGGUCACUGACCGGACAUUGAAGCUCUAUUUGCAUACCAAGAGAGGAAGCAAAUAUUGGCUUUAUUUUUCUUGUUAAAGUAAUUCAUACUUGAAAGAAUUGAAACUGAAACUGUGUCCUAGGGAGGGUGUUGGUCUGACUUUGCCAGUCCAGCUGCUCACUGAUAACCACUCUAAUGCUAGCUUUGAUCUGGCCUUUUCUCUAUUCUGAAACUCUGAAUCAGAGAAAUUUAGCAGUAGAAGGAAGUGAAGAAAUAAAGUCACAGUUGUUAAGCUAAAAUAAUUUAAAAGGUCAAAAUUGAGUUUAAAGAGAGUUUAAGUGUAAAGGUUGAGGACAGGCCACCUGGGAAAGGACAGUUUUAAAAGCAUGGAAGUCAGUGCUCUUAGUUAUAGACAUUUGGGAUUGUUUAUAUAGACAAAAUCCUAUAUUUAACAGAAUUUUAAUAUCUUAAUGUAAGGCUUAAUGUACAGUUAUAAUGAUCUGAUUAGUCAAGGUGUCUUUUUUAGGGGAGAAAGAGUGUAACUGUCAUGAGAUCCCUGUUUGGGGCACCAUCUGGUCUGAGUUCCAUACAGGACAAUAAAAGAGGCAGUUAAUCUGUAAUAAAGAUCAGCAGUUAGAAGGAGGAGAUCUGGUCUCUUUUAAAAAAAAGACUUAGUCUUUUCUUAGUUGUUUAUAGAACAAGAACAAUCAGGAAGAGUUAAGCUAAAAAUCUAAGAAACAGAAUUGUAAACCUGUUACAUGACCCAGAUCAUAGUCACAUCUCUCUCAAGGCUUAAGGCGUUUUAGAGGUUCUAACAACUUUUAAAUUUUAUUUACUUUUACACAGUUGUUGUGACAGAAUUGGAACUAAAAUUCAGGGCUCUUCAUGUCCAAGCAACAACUGCUUGGGCUUCAGUUUACAGCCUGUAUGGUUGGACAGAAUCAGCAGCACUGUUUAGUUCUGGAUAAUCACUGACUGAACAACAAAAGUUGGAGAACAGAAGUCCUCGAUUUUGGAAUUCAUUUUCAGGACUGAGGAAAUGCAGCAUCAAAGUGAUUCUAUAUUCCAAGCAGUUCAAAGAAUUCUGAACCAUAAGCUGAGCUUAGUUUCAGACCUGGAAUGGCCAAAUAUCAAGGUGAAGUUCAAAGUUUGAAACUGGAUGAUGAUUCAGUUAUAGAAGGAGUAAGCGACCAAGUACUUGUGGCAGUUGUGGUCAGUUUCGCUUUGAUUGCUACCCUGGUAUAUGCACUUUUCAGAAAUGUACAUCAAAACAUUCACCCAGAAAACCAGGAGCUAGUAAGGGUACUUCGAGAACAGCUUCAAACAGAACAGGAUGCACCUGCUGCUGCUCGACAGCAGUUCUACACCGACAUGUACUGUCCCAUCUGCCUGCACCAAGCCUCCUUCCCGGUGGAGACCAACUGUGGACAUCUUUUUUGUGGUGCCUGCAUUAUUGCUUACUGGCGAUACGGUUCAUGGCUUGGGGCAAUCAGUUGUCCAAUCUGUAGACAAACGGUAACCUUACUCCUAACGGUAUUUGGUGAAGAUGAUCAGUCUCAGGAUGUUGUGAGAUUGCAUCAGGAUAUUAAUGAUUAUAACCGGAGAUUCUCAGGGCAACCCAGAUCUAUUAUGGAGAGAAUUAUGGAUCUACCCACUUUACUGAGGCAUGCAUUCAGGGAAAUGUUUUCAGUCGGGGGCCUUUUCUGGAUGUUUCGCAUCAGAAUAAUACUUUGUUUAAUGGGAGCUUUUUUCUAUCUUAUAUCUCCUCUAGAUUUUGUACCUGAAGCCUUGUUUGGAAUCCUAGGCUUUCUAGAUGAUUUCUUUGUCAUCUUUUUAUUGCUUAUCUACAUCUCUAUUAUGUAUCGAGAAGUGAUAACCCAAAGGCUAACCAGAUGAAAAAAAAAAAAAAACUGAGUUUACUAGGAUAUCUGAGCUAACGUAGAACAUCAAACAGAAGGACCCAUGGCAGUAUAAAGCAAUGAAGUAAUGGAGUAUUAUCUCACAAAUAUAAAACCACUAUAAGACAAACAUUUGAUUAUCAUUUGACAAAUGCCUAGGAAUAUAUAACUGGAAUUUUCACAUGUUGCAAGUUCUAAUACUAAGUUUAGAAUUAUAAUGAUCUACAAUUGUAUCUUGAUUCUAUGUUGUCUGGAAAAAAUAAGGAAUUAUAUAAAAAGGGAUGCUUUUAUAUAUUUUUCUUUUCCCCAGAAUUACUUAGAUUAAUUGGAUGUAUAGUAAAAUAUUGUUAAAUGUCAGUUUAUCUACCUUAUCCUUCUCAGUGGGUACCUAUGUGAUAAUAUAUAGCUGUGAAACUCAUCUAAAUAUUUUUGUUACAAUAAAAUAUUAUAUACUAUUGGGGAAAAUUCAGUAUUUCUUUUAGUGCUAGCUAAGUUUUGUGCAUUUGGAGCAGUUCUGCUUUUUCAUUCUGGUAUAAUUAUUUGUUAUCAGCUGAAACUGAAAGAAGAAACUUGAACUUGAUACUUCAAUAUCAUAUUUUAGUUUACAGAACAUAUUUUAAUCAAUAGAAGAAUUAAGAUGAAAAACAUGGCCGGGCGGGGUGUUUCACACCUGUAAUCCCAGCAGUUUGGGAGGCCAAGGCAGAUGGAUCAUGAGGUCAGGAGAUUGAGACCAUCCUGGCUAACACAGUGAAACCCCGUCUCUACUAAAAACACAAAAAAUUAGCAGGGCGUGGUGGCCGGCGCCUGUAGUCCCAGCUACUCAGGAGGCUGAGGCAGAAGAAUGGCGUGAAACUGGGAGGCGGAGCUUGCAGUGAGCCGAGAUUGCAGCACUGCACUCCAGCUUGGGCGACAGGGUGAGACUCCAUCUUAAAAAAAAAAAAAAAAAAGAUGAAAAACAUUUAUCUCCAGUCAGCACACUUGAUGUUCACAGUUAGACAUUUAAACGAGCUCAUCCUUUCAUAGUAGAUAUAAAAGUAAUUUGUAAAGGGAAGAUUGUUUUAGGAACCUGGGCGAUGCUGCAAACAGAGUAGCCUGAGGCAUUUCUGAGGAAGGUGGAUUUGAGCAUCAAGCCCAUAGGAAGGUACUGGGAACAGUAUCUACAUUUGACAAAAGAAAUUACUGGUUAGUUAUAGCAACAGAUUGGACAAACUUGGUUAGUUUUCUGUUGUCAGAAAUUUUUAUAGUAUUGUCUCAGGAAGGCAACACACAGCUCAGAUUCAUGUCUUGAGCCAAACAAGUGAAUAUAUCUGAGAAGACUCAAUACCACAUGGUAUUGGGAGAUCUUACUCACUUUGGCUGGUGUUGGUCAUUACUGAAUGUAUAACAGCAGGAUAUGACGGGAUGCCCAGGAGUCAGUGUUAGCAUUGUCAUCUGAGAUCACUGCUAUUAAUAUCAUCCAUUAAUUUAUUAGUGAGCUUCACUAUAUGCAGACUGGGAGAUAAGAAGAAAAUCUGUCACAUUCUGUCUAGUUAAUCAGAUCAGCUACCAAUUAAUGAGAUUCUGAAUUAAAUAUCAGUAUGUGUUUUUCUAAUUUGGACCUAGGACAGAGCUGUUGCUUGUCAUAGAGAAAGACAAUAAUGCUUAAACAUAGCACACUAUAAUUAAAGCAGUUACUCACAUACUUUUCAUUUUAUCCUUUGGACAAUUUUGUGAGGAACGCUGGGCACCAACUUCCCUUUCAUAGAUAAAAUCCCUAUGCUAUUGAUGAAAGUGUUUUUGAAUGAAGUCAUACAACAAAUAACUGAUCAAAGUGGCAUUAAACCAAAAUCUUUUAGUAGGACUCCUGCAUAGAAUGUUUAGAUAGACGUGGAAGUUGUUAAGAGGAACGGCAAGAAAGAAACUGGUUCUUUGGAAGUCUUUCAUGCUACAUUAUACCUCCAUCAGAGUAAGACAGCUUAGGCACUCCUAAGAGGAAAGGUCUGUGGAGAUGACACCUGAAGAUUGCAUGAAUCCGAAUUCUACACUUCCAAAUCAAAUAGGUAAAAGGGUAGUAUACAUCACAGAAAAUGCUUGCUGUCACCAACUUGAAAAGCAAAUGAGUAGGAGUUUGUCACACUGCCACGUACCAGACUGAAAAUGCAUUUCCUACCAGUUAUACAUUUGGUGUGGGGGAAUGGUGAUGUCAUUUUUUGACAGCAUUUUAUUUGUGUGCAUGCAUUCUGCUCCAAGUGUCACAAUUCUGGUUACAAUAAUUAUAAUAUUUGGAGUUACUACUAAGACUUUCCUGAAAGAGGUGUACUGUACCAAAUUUUGUAACGUAAAAAAAAUACUAAAUGAUCUUAAGCUUACUAAAUUGUGAAAAGGAUACGUGCUAACAUCUCAGAACUUUAGGCCUGCUUAUUGUCAUCUUUACCGAUCUCUGAUCAUAAAUGCAGAAGGGAUCUGAGAGUUUUUAAAGCAAGUAGAGUCAAUCAGUGUUUUGAACAUUAUAGUAAUACUUCUGUGAUUCAGAGUUAGAUCAUAUAAAUCAAAGUAACAAUUUGGAUUUUUUUUAAACAACAGUAUCAUAACUGUCAUAAAACAGAUGGUCCAACCCCAGGAGCAGACAAUAACUUGGGCAGCUCUGUGGGGAAUAAGAUGGGGAAAACAACUGUUCUAACUGCCCACUAGAACAGUGGUUUCAACUACUACAAUUCUCAGUGUUUGAGAGGUACAAGGGAAGAAAGGACUGUGUGGAUCCCUUGUGGCUAUGCAGAUACCUACCUCACAGAGUUGUUGUAGAAGACUGGUGGUUUGGUUCAAACCUUGUGAUUAAAGAGUUUGUCAAGCAUUUUAUUCUUUUGAAUAAAAGCAACAUAUAUAAAAAAUUUUAAA